AUGACCCAGAAUAUGUUCCAAGAAGGCCUUUAUCAGGUGUUCUUCAAAGAGAAGCCAAAGCCCCGCCCUCGAACACGCCCCCUUAUAACAAGCUCCAAUCAGACUGAGGUGAAGGAGCACCGAUUGGCCCGUUGGUUUGGAACUGUGGUGAAUACCCGCCUCCUCGUAACUGGGGUGGUGCAGCUGCUCAGCUCCCUGUCCUGCAUCCUGGCCACCGCGGCCUACUCCUGCCUCAUCUUCAGCUGCUCCGUAUCCAUGACGACGCCACUGUGGGCCAGCCUACUUUACAUCUUCAGUGGAGGGCUUACAAUGGCUCUGCAGAGGAAACCUACCAAGAUUAAAGCGAUGGUUCUGAUGAGCCUCAGUGUCCUCUGUCUCCUGCUGGGGUUAGUGUCUCUGGUCACCUUCACACUCAAGCCCACCGACCCCAAACCAGGAACCAUACAGCAGCAUACCGGCAUGUACGUCCUGAAGGGCAGCUCUGUCUUCUUCAUGGUCCUGUGUGUCGUGACCUCGCUGCACACCCUCUUUCUCACAUGGCGAGGCCUGCAGUCCUACAGCCCCCCCUACAGGCAGGACUACACCAGUGUCUUGCAGGAAUCAGAUGACCCUGCAGACCCCCUCCUGGGCAGAGACGACUGCAACCUGUAGUCAAGAACUCUACUCAUUUGCUCACCGAUGUGUUUGUGUACGAUGUGUGUGUGCGUGUGUGUGUGCAUGUGUGUGCGCGCGCUUGAUGUUAUAUCCAAAAGUGGUCCUGUGUGUAUGUGUGUGUGUGUUUAGUAAAAGCUACACUGUAGGAGCAACAAUAUGGAAUUCAACUCUAUAGCCUAUGUUGAAUUAGCACUGCAGGCCUACAAUGUACUGUGUUUGUGUGAAUGUGUGUAGUCUACGUGUGUUUCUUGCUGCACACUUACUGCCUUUUUGCUCAUCGGAUGUAUUAAUUUAUGCCUCAUCAUUAUAUAAAGAUGUAAAUGUACAUAUAUUUGUUGUGGAGCUGUUGUUAAUUUGAUUUCUGAAUUGAAUUAAAUCACACCCUAUAUACUCGUAAUUCUCUUUUUUUUCCCCUGGGAAAUCUUUGUUGACUAUCACCCAAGUGUCCAUCUUGCUAACAGGUAGGAAGAGCAAUAAUCCAGAUUGCACAACUCAAGAGUUGGUGAAGAUCUGAUAAAAAGGACUGCCUAAA